UUUUAAAUCUUUUUAAUUUUUUUCCGGGCAGCACGGGUUCGACUACACUCCAGGUUCCCGACCGCGGCCAUAUCGCGAUCCGCAACCCCGUCGCCAUGGGUCCCCUCACGCCGCGGCUGCUGAUGCAGCGCGGGCGACCCAAGAGCGACCGGCUGGGGAAGAUCCGGAGUCUAGACCUGUCCGGACUGAAGCUGCUGUCGGAGCACCUGGAGCCCGGACUGCUGGGCCGCCUAACGCAGCUGCAGGAACUGGACCUCUCCAACAACCAGCUGGAGACGCUGCCUGCCAACCUGGGCCUGUCGCACCUGCGCGUCCUCCGCUGUGCCAACAACCAGCUGGGGGAUGUCACUUCCCUGUGCCAGUUUCCUGAGCUUGAGGAGCUCAGCCUGGAGGGCAACCCUUUCCUGACAGUCAAUGACAACCUGAAAGUCUCCUUUCUCCUACCCAAGCUUCGGAAAGUCAACGGCAAGGACGCGACCUUGGGCUCCUCUCAGAUGGAGAGCCUGAACCAGGAGCUGACCAACAGGGUUACGGCACACUGGGAGAAAUUCAUGGCCGCCGUGGGGCCUGAAGAGGAGGCUGAGAAAGCCCAGGCUGAAUUCGUGAAGUCUGCUGUCAGGGAUGUGCGCUAUGGCCCUGAAUCGCUAAGCGAGUUCACCCAGUGGCGAGUGCAGAUGAUCUCUGAAGAGCUGGUAGCCUCGGGUGGAGCCCAGGUACAAGAGGGAGAUGUCCCAAAGAAGAUUCCAGAAGCCACCCACAAGCCCAGGGUCUCAAAACGGCAGAACAAUGUCCCCCUCAACUUGUCUUCCACCAAGCGACAGUGUGCCUCCCCCUCCCCGACAGCUGAGUUGGAGAACCAACCCGUGGACCCUGACAUUAUCCAGCCUGGCCUGCACAUGGAGCCCCUGCACUUCCUGCAGUGCCACAGCAGAAACAACAGCCCUAAGGACCUGGAGACCCAGCUGUGGGCUUGCGCCUUCGAACCCGCCUUGGAGGAGGGGCACUCAGGGACCACAUCCCAAACCGUGGCCACAUGUGGGGGGGAGGCUGUUUGCGUGAUCGACUGCCAGACGGGCAUCGUACUCCACAAGUACAAGGCGCCGGGUGAGGAGUUCUUCUCAGUGGCCUGGACAGCCCUGAUAGUGGUCACCCAGGCUGGCCACAAGAAGCGCUGGAACGUCCUGGCAGCCGCAGGCCUGCGGGGCCUGGUCCGCCUGCUGCACGUGCGCGCGGGCUUCUGCUGCGGGAUCAUCCGGGCCCAUAAGAAAGCCAUUGCCACUCUGUGCUUCAGCCCCACCCGUGAGACUCACCUGUUCACGGCCUCCUAUGACAAGCGAAUCAUCCUCUGGGACUUAGGGAAGCCCAACCACGCCUAUGAAUUCCACGCCAGCCAGCUACUCAUACUGGACUCCAUGUCCGUUCCCCUGCGCCUCUGCCCUGUCGCCUCCUGCCCCGAUGCCUACCUGAUGGCUGGCUGUGAGAGCGGCUGCUUCUGCUGGGACGUGCGGCUGGACCGGCCCCAGAAGCGGAGGGUGUGUGAGGUGGAGUUCAUCUUCUCAGCGGGCCCUGAGGCAUCAGGACGGAGAGUGGACGGGCUGGCAUUUGUGAAUAACGAUGUGGUGGCCUCCAAGGGGAGUGGACUGGGCAUCAUUUACCUGUGGAGCUGGAGCCAGACAUGGGCAAACCGGGGCAGCCAGUCCUCCAUGCCUGUGGUUGUCCUGGCCCGGCUGCAGUGGUCCUCCACCAAGCUAGCCUACUUCUCACUCAGCGCCUGCCCUGACAAGGGGCUCAUAGUGUGCGGGGACGAGGAAGGGAACGUGUGGCUCUAUGACGUUGGCUCCAUGCUGAAGCAGCCACCUCCACUUCCAGACGCUCCUCAGGCCCCCACCCAGAUCCUUAAGUGGCCCCAGCCUCUGGCCCUGGGCCAGCCACUGACCAAGACCAUGGUAAACACAGUGGUGGCCAACGCAGCCUUCACCUACCUCACUGCUCUGACGGACUCCAACAUCGUGGCCAUCUGGAGGAGGCGCUGACUUGGGCAACUGCCAAGGACACACUUAACUUAUUAACUCAGGGCUAGUGGUGGAGAUCUUUGUACCAGUGUUUUGUGUUUUUUCUAAUUAAAUUCUCUGCUAUGGA